GAACUGUCAAAAGGUCAAGCGAAGCGAAAAGAAACAAUUUUCUAAAGUAAAUAAUUAUAACUAAAACUUCCCAAAAAAUGUGUGCUGGCUCAACAUACGCAUAUUCAUCGUGACGAUGUAUAGUUACAAUGUUAAAUUUCUGACAUGCGACGAAUCCAUCACUCUGAAAAACGGGGACUUUAAAAGUUUCAAGUAUGAAACGAAGAAGAAAUCCGAGGAGUCGGUGUAUGAUAGUGGUAAGAGGAGUUUUUGUGAGCGUCGAGGCGGACAUUGGACGGCGGUGAACCCUCGUCAGCUCAGGAAACUCGAGGCUAAUUUUCGAGAACGCACAGCCGUUUACUGCGAAUGGUUGAAUGAAAACUUGAUUGUAAUAGUGUUUUCGUCUGGUGCCAUCGCUUAUCUCACUGUGAAGCCUAGUACAUUGGAUGUGACACAGAUUUUGUUUGAUAGAUAUGUUGUUGGGAAGAUAUCUGGACAGUCUGUUACUGGAGUUGCAUUCUGCAAGUCGCACUUACUGUUCACACAUACAGACCGAACAGCGACUCUCAUUACUUUUGGUAAAAGUGUACCGACCGCUCAACCAUGCCGUAUAAAAGACAGGGAUCCACACAUACAAACAGUAGAACUGGGAGGCUCCCGGCGUACUGAAAGGAGGGUGUCCUGGUGUGAGUCCUCCGGCCCUGGCUCCGGCGUGCUGGUGCUCGUGUGGGGCGCCGCCGCGGUGGAGCCGGCGCCCUGGAGCCCCGCGCUCGAGGACCAGGCGAACUUGCAUCUGUAUCUAAUACGAGGGCAGCAAAUGAGCCUACUGGCGUACCAUCAGUUGGAGAAUGAAACGUUGUGCGCCGAGAUCUCUUCGACCAACGACAAUAUCAUUCACGUCAUUGAACAGACUGCGUGCCAUAAGAGCGGUGUAACCAUAGAAUGGUUGCGCUACACCGCUCCAACAUCAGAACUGCGCGUGACCCGCCUCCGCUCGUCGGGCGGGGGGCGCGCCGGCUGCACGCUCCCCGCGCCCGCGCGCUGCGUGCGCCGCGCGGCCGCGCGCGCGCUGCUCGCCUGCAUCGACGGCUCGCUGCACGUGCUGCACAUGCACGCUGGGGUCACGCAUGAGGCCAGGCUCGGCUCUGUGGCAACGGACGUCCGUUGGGCGGGGUCGCUCAUACUAGCGGCGUCCGACGGUUUGCAGUGCUUCGACAGCGCGCUCACCGCCCUGCCGCACCCCCCGCACCUCUCCAAUAUACUGCGAGAGCCGCGUCGAAUGCAUCUCCUGGGCACGCGGAGCGAACGCGGCGGGCCUCUAGUUUUGGCGUCGUUCAGCGGAGGGCCACUGGCGUUGAUUCGGGUCUCGCAUCCUGAACUUACGACGGCGUGGAUCCGCCUGGGGCGCCCUUCCAACGCCAUAUCCCUGCUGCGCGCCUUGGACUGGGACGCGGAGGGUGGCGUCGGGCUCCGCGCCGCCGCGGCGCUGGUGCGCGGCGCGCUGCGCGGCGCGCUGGCGCCCGAGGCGGAGGCGCGCGCGCAGGCCGCGCUGGGCGCCUACCUGGCGCCCCGGGCGCCACACGCGCCGAACGCGCUGAAAUACGCGCCGGCGGUGCAUGACCUCGCGAGAAAGUUUUUUCACCAUUUGUUAAGGCGAGGCCGCGUCGAGAAAGCCCUAAGCCUCUGCGUGGACCUAGCGGCGUGGGACCUGUGUAUGGACGCGCGCUGGGCCGCCACUCGCGCCGGGCAGCCCGCGCUGGCCGCCGAGGCGAUCGCACUCGCCACCACUAUCGACAAUUGUCCAGAAUCCGUCUGCUCCGACUCAUGCUCGCAAUGCUCCUCCGACUCGUCUUCCUCCACCCAACCCCCCCUCCCACGACCACCCCUACCCUCACUCCUCCCCGUACCAACCACCCCUACCCAUCCCACCACCACCAGCAUCAGACCCAACCUACACCAGUAUUUGGAAAAGAACAAUACUAUAUGGAACACAGAUGUUAAAGAUGACUGGCCUAAUGAUUAUAGAAGAGAGAGUGCUAAUGACUAUAGGAGUAGUAUAGAAGUAAUACCGCGGCCGGACGCGCAUUUUAGACAUCUGUACCAAACUGAGUUGAGAGAAGAAUCUCCUAACACCAUGUACAGGUACAACGGGUACAGACCGGGAUCAUCAGAGCGUACAAUAAAAGUGGACGGGUACGAGCGACAGAAACCAGAGAAAAACAAGGUCAAGUUCUCGGACACCGUCACCAUCGCUGUUGUGGCUUCAGAAGGCAACGUGGGUUCGGUGGCACGGGAGCUAGCGGACAGCCUGCCGCUGUGCGCGCCGCACAACUACCUCGCGGCGUUCGCGCCGCACGCGCCCGCGCCGCACGCGCCCGCGCCGCUCGCGCCGCACGCACCGCACGCACCGCCCGGUACCAACGACUACGUCGAAGUGUAGCACGCCACAUGACGCACGACGCACAACGCUUGACGCACCAGCAUUGCAUGAGCACCACAGAAUAGAUAAAUAAAACAGUACGAA